AUGCCUGGAAGGUCAACGGGUAGAGGCCAGACGAAUCUCGGUCUCACAAGGCCAGCUGCUAGGGCACCUCCUGGCCUCCAUCUAUCCACACCCGCCCCUGGAGAGGCCACUCCAGCAAAUAAACACGAUGAGGGACAGCUUACCGGUCAAAAAACUCCGCUAAAUGGACGUAGGAGCGGAGUACCUGCGGCUUCCUCUCGACGAUGGGAGAAGUCUUCGCACUUCAUUGGACAGCUACCGUCCGCCCAAGCUGGGCAGCCCCCAGUCAAUAAGGUGCUCACCCGUCCACGUUACGCUUGUCUCGUUGGGCGCAUGAGGCUAAGGGCCGAUCCCGAAAAGCAGACCGAUAAUCGACGCACCAGCGAACAAAACAACUAA